AUGCCCCCAGCCACUAUCUCUAAUGUUGUCAUCGCCGGAGCCACUGGCCGCCUCGGCCCAUCAACCAUCAAGCACUUACUCCAAAAUGGCUUCAAAGUCAGUGUGCUGACGCGUAAUCCGUCAUCGGCGAAUCUACCCCCUGAUGUCGAAGCCAUCAGCGCAGACUAUACUUCGGCCGAAACGCUGACGCCGAGUCUUUUGGGGCGAGGUUUCGAUGCUAUAGUCAUUAUUCUAAAUCGACUUGCUUACGAUGCAUCUGUCGUGGCGAUGCAAGCCGCUGUCAAUGCUGGCAUUUACCGAGCCAUUCCUUCGUUCUUCGGUGUGUCGCUGGAUAACCCUGAGAUAGCCAAUAUGCCAUUCAUGAAUUCCAAGCUCCCCGUUUAUAACGACGUGUUGGAAAAGGGCGCCAGGGGCGAUAUCACCUACACGGGUAUCAAUACCGGUAUGUUCCUUGACUGGGUCCUCGAUGAAGACAUCUUCGUUGGUCUGUCAGGAAAACUACCCACGCGCGUCGCAGACGGCGGUGAUAUUCCAAUGUCUUCUACCACCCUCGACGACAUUGGCAAAGCGAUCGUCGCUGUACUCUUGAAGCCAGAAGAGACGGUAAACAAGAUAUGCUACAUCCACACAGUGGUGAUGACGCAGAACCAGGUUCUAGGCUACGCUCGUGAAGCUGCCCCGGAUGCAGAGUUUGUUGUGGAACAUGUCGAUACCGCAGUACUAGUCGAGGCGGCGUGGAAGCGGUACCAUGAGGGUAAAAGGGACCGUAUUUCACUGCGAGACUUUGUCAUACGGGCUAGUUAUGGAUUGGGUAACGGAUUCUUUCCGAAGACUGAUAAUGAGUUCUUGGGGAUCAGGCAGUGGAGUGAUGAGGAGUUGAAGGAAGAAAUCUUUAGGCGGGUUAAGGCCAAUCCACCCGAGAUUCGCAAGCCGCAGUAG